GUGUACCAUGUCUCUUCAGACAGCUACGAGACACAGAACCAGCACUACGGAAGGAGCUUGACCAAGGAAACAGUGAAGGAUGGCAUCUCCAAGUUUUUCCACAGUGGGUACUGCUUGAGAAAAGAUGUGAUAGCUGCCAGCAUUCAGAAGAUUGAAAAGAUUCUGGAGUGGUUUGAGGGCCAGACACAACUCAACUUUUAUGCAAGCUCAUUGCUGUUCGUCUACGAGGGUUUGUGCCAGGCAACAACCGUGCGGCUGAGCGAUGGCACCUUGGCAGAGAAGAGAGCAGUGCCCAAAGGCCUCUUGACAGGUGGAGACAUAUUGGAGUAUAACAAUAAUAUUCAUGUGAUCAAUUCCACAGAGAAUGGAAAGAUUGAAGCCUCUGUAAGUAAAGGCCUGUCCAAAUUUUAUGCACUCCACAAAAAGUCCUGUGCCAAGAGGCACCACAGCCAGCUCUCCCUCCAAGUGGAAACCUUGGAGCAAGACAACGUGUGGAAAAGCAGCACCUGCAUCACCCAGGAGCACCUGAAUGGGAAUGUCCUACCCCAACUGGAAAAGGUUUUCUACCACAUGCCAGCAGAGCCCAAGGAAAGUGCGAGUGUGGAAGUGCGGAUGAUCGAUUUUGCUCACGUGUUCCCUAGCAGCACCAAGGAUGAGGGCUACAUCUAUGGCCUGAAGAACCUAAUCACAGUACUUCAGAAUAUUUUAGAUAACUAA